AUGAAAAGCCCCGGAACCGGCACAAGCACUUGCACCUGCAAAAGCACUGGCACCAGCAAUAGCACCUGCACAAAAUUCAGCACUGAUACAGGCAUCUCCACAGGCACCUGCGCAGGCACCAGCACCAGUACCAGUUCCAACACCAGCACCAGAACAAGCACCAGAACUAGCACAAGCACCAGCACCAGCACCAGCACCAGAACCAGCAGCAGCACCAGCUCCAGCACUAGUACAGGCACUAGGACAGGCACCGCCACCAGCACCACAACCACAACCAGCAUCACCACCACCACUACAGCCAGCCUAAGCACCAGCACCAGAACAAGCACCAGAACUAGCACAAGCACCAGCACCAGCACCAGCACCAGAACCAGCAGCAGCACCAGCUCCAGCACUAGUACAGGCACUAGCACAGGCACCGCCACCAGCACCACAACCACAACCAGCAUCACCACCACCACUACAACCAGCCUAAGCACCAGCACAAGCACAAGCACAGGUACCAGCACAAGCAUCAGCACCAGCACCAGCACUGGCACCAGCACCAGCACCAGCACCAGCAUCAGCACUAGCACCAGCACCAGCAGCACCACCAGCACAACCACAAGCACCAGCUCCAGCACUUGUACAGGCACCAACACAAGGGCCGCCACCGGCCCAGGCACCAGCAGAAGCACUAGCACCAGAAACAGCAACAGCUCCAGCAAUAUUACAGGAACUAGCACCAGCACCAGCACUAACACCACCACCACCAGCAGCACGAGCCUAAGCACCAGGACAGGCAGAAGCGCCAGCACCACCAAACCAGCACAAGUACAGGCAUCAGCAACAGCACCAGCUUCAGAACCAGCACCAGUACCAGCACCAACAUCAGCACCAGCACAAGCACCAGCACCAGAACCAGAACCAGAACCAGAACCAGAACCAGAACCAGAACCAGAACCAGAACCAGAAACAGCUCCAGGACAGGCACACGCGCCAGCACCAGCACCAAAACUAGCAACAUCACAAGCACAAGCACAGGCACCAGCACCGCCAACAGCACCAGCACCAGCCCCAGCACCAGAAUCAGCACAAAUACCAGCUCCAGCUCCAACACCAGAACAGGCACAAGCACAAGCGCCAGCACUGGCCCAGGCCCCAACACAAGCACAAGCACCAGCACCAACACCAGCACCAGCACCAGCAUCAGCAUCAACACCAGCACCACCACCACUACCAGCACCACCACAAGCACCAGCUCCAGCACUUGUACAGGCACCAGCACAAGGGCCGCCACCGGCCCAGGCACCAGCAGAAGCAAUAUAACCAGCACCAGCACAACCACCCAGUCCAGCAGCAGAACCAGCACCAGAACCAACACCAGCACUAGCAUUAGUUCUAGCUCCUGCACAAGAACCGGCACCGGACCAAGCCCCAG